GAUGCAUCAGUGACUUCAGUCUGAUAGUGACAGAGCGUCUCACCUCUCAUAACAAAUCCUAACUUAGCGCUAAUUUUUUUAGCUUUUUUAUUAUAUUUCUUGGCAGCAAUGGAGAGCGACUGUACGGAUUAACUUGCCUUUAACGUACAUUUACUGAUUUUAUCAUAAUUUACCGAGGAUAUUGCGGUUGUCUGUGGACCUUUUCAUGGCAAGUUAGCCAACCUGUUUCGCGUGCCAUGAGGGAGUAAACCUUCCCAGGAGGUGCCAUGCUAGCCACACAGAUGCCAGACACGCCACCUGAGGCUAAAGAUGUCAAACAGAUCAAAGAGAAGUUGGCUCAGUCGCUGAAGGCGCUGCAGAAGCGAUAUGUGACGUCAGACGCCGUGGUGACUAGUGAAGACGGCGACGCUAACCUGCUCUGCUGCGCCCUGGAGGCCAUCUUCAUCCACGGGAUCAAGAGCAAGUACGUCCGCACGGAGGCAGGGGGUCGCAGCAGGAAGGGGGACCGGGGACCGCUGCCUCAGCCGUUCUUCUGGAGCCUCCUCAAGACCGUCACCCACCGUGACGUGGUGACGGAGCUGGAGAAGAUCAGCUUCGUGAGCACCGAUGUGGGUCGCUGCCGAGCCUGGCUGCGGCUGGCGCUCAACCACGGCCUGCUGGAGUGUUACCUGGCCUCGCUGUUCCGUGAGGGCUCCAAGCUGCGGGCCCACUACCAGCCCAGUGCCUUGCUCCUGAACACCGAGGAGCGGGAAGUCCUGCUCAGCUACCUCCAGGGCCUGGCCUCGCUCACAUUCAGCCUUUCCUACAAGUCGGCCGUCCUCAACGAGUGGACCACCACGCCUCUGGCUCUCUCUGGACUCUGUCCCUUGUCCCAGGUGGAAACAGUCGACCUGCCCCUCAACGGCCAAGGAGACCUCCCCACCUCCAAGUCCACGUAUAAAGAAUCAUGGGACACGGUGUCCCAGUCGUCAGGCUCAUCAGACGCACCGGACCUGCAGAGCGGCUGCCCCGUGCUGCUGGGCAGAGGGACGAGUGCUUUACAAGGAGGGAGGACUGGACUCAACUCGUCUAAUUUAAGCCUGGACACCACGGGCUCCUCGCAGCUCUCCUCCAGCCUGAGCUCUGACAGCCUCCUGCAGGGGCAGGACCCCCGCAGCCCCGCGGGGGAGCAGUGGUCGUCAUGUGACCUGGACAUGCCCAUUAACGUCACCGUCAGCACCAAGAGGCCACAGAAAGAUUCUCAGGCAGAGUUCAGAGAAAGUGGCCACUGCAGUCAGGACUCCAUGCGUGAAGACUCCUUUGUGUCUAGCACGGGUCCAGAUCAGUACUCAGAGACCGCUAUCUUCAGUGGCUCUGACAGCGAGAUCCAGGGUCCCCCUACGCCAUCCCAGGACCACGUGGACGCACUCCCAGACUCUGUGCUGUCUGAUUCAGAGCCACCACCAACAUCUGAUGAGAACCACGUAGACGGCUCUCCCUCUGAAGCGUCUUCUGAGCUGCACCCGGACACAGACGCAGUGCCCUCUGCGGUCGGUGAGCCUCUGGAGCCUCCGGAGCCUUUGGAGGAAGUAAACACGGCUGAUGUUCAGGAGAGUCCUGAGCCCGUCAAGGAAGAGAAAGAACCAGAGGUCUCUGAGCCGUCAGUGCAUCAGAGCGCCCGUCGCUCCACCAGCAUCCUGAGCAGGAAACUGUCUUCAGAUUCUCUAUCACAUUCUCGUUCUUGGAUCUCUGAAGACGACAUCUAUAAACCCCAUCUGGAGGAGGUGUCGGACCACGACGAGGCUCCUCCUGCUGCUACCACAGCUGAGCUCAAAGUCUCCCAGUCUCCUCCCAGCGUCGUCCACCGCAGACAGAUAGCUAAUCAGUCUCCAGAAUGUGAAAAUAAAGAUCAUGUGAACGUCCUUCUCUGUCUGUCAGGGCUGUCUAACCCUUUCCGCGGCUUGCUGAAGCUCGGUCAUCUGGAGCGGCGAGGUGCGAUGGGAAUGUGGCGUGAUAACUACUGCGAGCUGUCGCCCUUCGAGUUCCGCCUCUACCUGAACGCGGAGGAGCGGACGUGUAGUGAGAACUGCUCCCUGCUGCGAUGUGAGGAGGCUCGCAUCGCCUCACCGGAGGGCCGCUUCGAGCUGGCCUUCCCCGGGAAGAGACUCUACCUCCGGGCGGACAACCGCGGCGAGGCCGAGGACUGGGUGGACCGCAUCAUCGAGGCCGUCAACAAGUGCCGCCCAGCGUCUCGAAACGAUGAUCAGUGGGAGGUGCUGCAGCCCACCAGUGAGAACGGAGUGGACGCGUCUUCUCCGUCCUCCGCCCCCUCCAGCCCUGAGAGAGGCUCGCUGUCCUCCGACACGGGGACGUGUGCAGGACAGGAGGCCCCUCCUCCUCCACAGGAGCUCGACUGGACUCGGGCGGCCGAUUUAGAAACAGACGCCAUCAAGGAAUCUGUUCUGUACUUCUCCACGGACCCCGAGGCUCGGACAUGGGCGCCUCUGGUCUUCUCUCUCUCUCUGGAGGCUCUGAAAGGCUUCCGGGUGCACGAGGGCAGGAAGCUGCCGCGGCUGACUCACCUGAUUGAGGAGAUCCGGGACGUGGUGCCCGACGUCUCUCAGGGAGGACCGGCCUUCUUCAGACUGCUGACCGUCAGGGAGACGAUCAAACUCAGAGCGGAGAACGCAGAGGAGGCUCGCUCAUGGAGGGUUCUGAUCCGAGGAGCUCUGGACUCCUACCUGGAGAGCGGGGAGGACGGGGGCUCCGCGGAGCCGGCUGUAGUGAGCGGCAGGGGGGUCAGUGGAAACCUCCACAGACUGGUGCAGCACAGACUCAAAGAGAACGGAGCUCUUCUUGUUAAUCUGUGCACUGUGCCCUCAGAGAAGGGGCUGGACGCUCAGAGCUUCAAGUGUGCAGGUUGUCCUCAGCAGAUCGGUCCGUCUCGGGGCAGAGCUCGGCUGUGUGAGUUCUCAGGCCAGUACUACUGUGACUCCUGUCACCAUGGCGACACCACCAUCAUCCCCUCACGCAUGGUGCACAACUGGGACCUCACACAGCGAGAGGUGUGUAAGAAGGCUCUACACCUGCUGGCUCAGGUGGAGCAGGAGCCUCUGCUGAACCUGGAGCAGCUGAACCCAGACCUGGUGAGGCACUCUGAGUCCAUGGCUCAGGCCCACAACCUGCGUCAGAGACUCCGCCUGCUGGGAGACUACCUGCUCACCUGCCGCAGCGGAGCCUGCAAGAAACUCCACGCCAGGAUGGAGCAGCGGACGUACCUGCUGGAGUCGAGUCACCUGUACAGCGUCCUGGACCUGCGACAGAUAGCAGAGGGCGAAUAUUCAAACUACCUGCUGACUCUGCUGCAGCACGCCUCCAACCACGUCUUCCACUGCGACCUGUGCACGCAGCGCGGCUUCAUCUGUCAGACCUGCCACGCCAACGACAUCAUCUUCCCCUUCCAGUUCGACAUCACCACCAGGUGUAGAGACUGUAAGGCGGUGUUCCACCUGGCGUGCAGAGCGGCGGGGGACGCGUGUCCUCGCUGUCAGCGGAUGAAGAGAUAUCUGGAGAGAGAUCUGCAGUACUGAGCGCUGCCAGCAGGGCGCCGCUGUGUAGCCACGUUUUUUUCAGCGGUGACGGAGAGAAUAAUAACACAGAAUCGUAUCUUUUACAUGAAGUAACCUCAAGUGCAAUUAUGAGUGCGGUUUGCCUAACUGACUGGCCUUCAGGCUGCGUGUGAGAGCUGCAGCAGUGAGACUCUAACAGUGAUUUAGAGCGUAUCGCAGCCAAAUGUUACUGACUUCUUUACCUCUCUGGACUCAGACUCGCCACGACAUCAAACAACGGACCGGCGACGGUGAAGCUCGCUGCCAAGAAUCACAUCAACACAUUUUUUACAUCAUGAGUUUUUUACUUUGUCUUAUUGCGUCUUCACCAUCAUGUUUACUGAACAUUAUGCACAUAUUUAAACAUGCAGCAGCGGUGAUCUUCGGUACUGCACAUGCAAAAAAUAAUGAGAAAAAAAACAGCACUUGAAAUGUUCUAAUCAACAGGUUUUUGAUUGUGCCUUCUUUUAAUUUAAGCUUUACAAUAUUUUUCCUCUCUGUGUGUGUUUACUACAGUGCCAGAAUGCAUCACAUCUCGUUUAAUUUACCUUGAAUAUAAGAAGAAAUUAUAAUAACGCUGCAUUAGAAGGUGAAAAUCUGUCACCGAGAAGACUUUGUGGAAUGUUUCUCUCUGGAUGUUAACUCGAGACAUUUGUGAUUUAGACUUUAAAUUUAAAAUAAUUAUUUGCUGCUUGUGAGGUGAGGGGCACUGACAUUAUUCACUGAAGUUAAAUAAAUUGCAGCAAUUACGUUGCAGAAACAACAAAUUACUAGAUUUCUGAAGUCAAAACAUAUUUUGCAUAUUUGCACUUAGCUACGACUGUUAAACUGAUAUUUCAACUGGAGGUUUAGUUGUAAUAUCUUCUAGCACACAGAGUUUAUCCCUCAACUAACAAACAAACAAACAUUGUUGACAUGUUUAUUUUCAGCUCUGGAAUAUUUGACUCAGAUGUAGAGUUGCAGAAGAAACAGAUUUUUUUUGCAGAAUCUGCAGAAAACAAAACAAAUUGAAGGUUUACUAUCAAGUCCAUUUUCAUAUUUGCAGCACUGUUAUUCCUGGUUUGUCAUCUCAUUUAUUGUGUAUGAUGUAUAAAAGAAUAAAUUCCACUGUGUUACUUUA